AUGAAUCCUCCCAAGAUGCCUAACGCGCUUCACUCGGAUGAGUUGAACCAGUCCAACAGAAUCGCUUCAGGAAAUACCAUUCUAUUCGCUCAAAACGUUACGAUCAACGGCGACAUGAGUAGCACUAAACAUCCGAACGUCAUCGAGCACAAUCCAACAGCCAACUUAUUGGAAAGCCAUCGGAAGACAAAAGCGUUACCUUAUGCGCCGGCGCCUCGCGCGACCGACGAUGUAACCAUACCUUCGGAUUUCAUGCCAACCAAUCUGGAGCCCGACCAAAUUCCGGCAGAAUAUUGCGCCCUCUGCCACCAGCUCCUAUCUUUCCGUCUUUUUCUUUCCAUCGACGAGCUCAUUUCUCCUUCUCAAGUGUCUCGUACGUUCCGACGAGACGAGUCGAUACCACGUCCACAAAAUGCCUUUAUAAUCUAUCGCCGUAACCUAGUAGCAUCAUUGAAAGGAAAAGGUGGAGACGUUAAAUUUCAUGAUAUCAGCGACGAAGCCAGCGAAGCCUGGAGAAAGGAGCGACAAGAAGUGAAGCAGUUCUUUAAAUGCUUGGCUGUUAUGGGCAAGAUAGUGCACAGCAAAAAGUGGCCGGGAUAUAUAUACAAGCCGAAGAGAAAAGCAAAGGGACAGCAAGACGGCGUGAGUGGUGACGAAGCAUGUGGUAAUAACGACGACGAAAACGAGGAAAUUGAAUGCCUUAAUGCAAUGGUCAACGAAUGUUGCAAUAUCAUGAGCGAUCAUAAUGAUAAUAAAAAGGAAAUACUUUACAAGGCCUUAUCCAAGCAAAUGAGAAACUUGCGGAAGCGUCAACAAAACAGGCGUGCAAAUAGAUUGUUGGGCCCAAGAAAGAGGAAGAGAGUGAUUAUUAACAAGAAUAAUCGUGUUGAUUAUGACACUGGAUGGAAACCAAAUAACAAUAUUAAUAUUGAGAGUAUAGAGGGGAUGGAAAAUGGGGGAACUGGGGGGGAUGGAAGGAGCGCAGAUGAGGAAUCGCAUGACAAUAUUGACCUGAACGGCAGCCAUUACGAUUGUUCGAUAGCCAAUUUGAAUUGUGAUCCUAAUGAUACAGGUGUUGUCAAUGUUCUCGACGAUGCUCAAACAAAUAACAUUGAAGACUGUGGAAUAGCGCUGGAUUCCGCUCAUUUGGCGGCCAAUUAUUGGGGGGUAUACUCGAUUCCUGUUUCUUGGAGUGGAAAUGAAGGCGUUCCAGACCUGAUGGCCGAAAGUGUAUCAACUGUGAAUGGGUAUAAUGGAAUUUGCAUUGAUCAAUACAGUUUGACCGCCCGGUUGUGA